UUUACCAACCCGCCUCUGUCUCAUACCCCACCCAUUGCAUUUUUCUUCAAAAGCAGCCCCACAUCCCAACACCUUUAUUAGAGGUAACCGUUUGGUAAGGUGGGAGACAAACUUAAAGACGAACCGAAAAGAAAUUGUCUUCAAAGAGCUACAAUAAAAGAAUGGGCUCCUCUGCUGUACAGAUCGUGUGUGUGGCACUGGGAAUUUUAGGUCUCAUUGCUGCGGUCGUGACCAUUGCUGUUCCAAGAUGGAAGGUUUCUGCCUUUAUUGGUCAGAACAUUAUCACUGCACAGGUUCAGGAGGAGGGCUUGUGGAUGGAGUGUGUGGUUCAGAGUACCGGACAGCAGCAGUGUAAGUCCUACGAGUCGCUGCUCAUCCUGAGCUCUGACCUUCAGGCGGCCCGUGCCAUGACCAUCAUCAGCUGUAUGCUCGCUGUCCUGUCCCUGCUCAUUCUGUGCGCCGGAGCCGACUUCACCACCUGCAUUGAGAACGAAGAAGUCAAACCCAAAGUGAGUCUGGUGUCCGCCAUCGGGCUGAUCAUCGCGGGCUUGUUGCUGAUCAUCCCCGUCAGCUGGGCGGCUAGUAAUAUCAUACGCGAUUUCAACAAUCCACUGGUCGCUCAGUCUCAGAAAAGAGAGUUGGGUGCAUGUAUUUUCGUGGGCUGGGGAGGAGGAGUCCUGCUCCUGCUGGCCGGAGGCCUGCUGUGUUGCUUCAGCAGACCCCGCUCUGGAGGAUCGAGCGGAACAGCCAAAUACUACAGCAAUAGCGCCUCAGCACCAAGCAAGAAUUAUGUGUAGAUAAAGAAAAAUGUGUUAAACUAAUAAGAAGUAGUCGCAGUAAUUAUAGCAGGAGUCUAAAAUGGGUUAAUGUUAGCAAGUAGUCUUUAGUAGUUGGUAGGAAAAGAGAAAAA